AUGGGCUCAGGAGCAGGUACCAACCCGCGGGGAUGCUUGGCAGGGGCGAGAGAGGAGGAGGAAGCGGGGGCGGCAGGGGGUGGGAACGAGGCGGAGGAGAGAGGGGAGGGGGAUAUGGGCGGGGUAUGGGGGCGCGGGUUUUGGGGGGUGGUAUGGGGAGGGGCGGAGGUGGCGGGGAUGGCGGAUAUGCAGGUGCCGCGUCCAGACAGAGGCCAAGAGGAGAGGAUGACUUUGCACGCAAGUCUCCCUUCAUCUUUCUCUCCUCUCUACCUUUUCCACUCCCUUCCUGCCCCCAUCGCCCCACCCUCCCCGUAUUUCAUCCAAGCAGAGGAGUUCGAGCAGUUCCGCAAGGCGCAGCACCAGAAGCAGGGAGGCGGGCCGCAACCACCGGGACCCCAUGCACCUUCCCCCCUCACCACCACAGCCGCUACAGCUGCCGCAGGCCCUGCAGGCUCAGCUGCACCUCACAGGGCGCCGCUGUCUCAAGCAGAGCUGCAGCGCAGGAGGCACGACGAGGACUCUCUCUGGGACUCCCCUGCGCUCUCAGCAGAGCAGCAAGGACGUUCCUCGUAUCAGGCCGGCGCAGCAGCCGAAGAGGAGGACGACUCAGAGCCCCUCGCAUCACCCCGUGCCACAGAGGAUUCAGAUUCGGAUGUGAAGGUUGCACAGUCAGGCAGGGCAUUGGCAGCACGGCUGGCGCCGUCUGUGGCGGCGCUCAUGGGCCUGGCGCCCGCAGCUCCGCCUGGCUUUCCCGCUGCUGCUGCGCUGGGGAUGAAUGCUCCUGCUCCACCUGCUGCUGCUGCUGCUAGUGCGCCUGGGGUGGGUAGCUCCGUUGGAGGGGGCGAGGGAGAGAAGCUGGUGGCGUGGCUGGGAGGGAUCAUGGCUGGGGCAGGCGCUGGUGCGGGUGCUGGUGCAGGCACGGGUGUUGGUGACAGUGCUGGUGCUGGGGGAACGGCGGUGGUGCAUACUUUGAGUGGGCUUGCUCCGCCUGGGAUUCCACCUGCCUCUGCGUCUCUCUCGCUCGAGGACGUGGAGAGGGAGUUGCAGCAGUCAGCGCAUGGGGAUGAACUCAAGGAUAAAAUCAAGGAAGACCGUGGGCGUGAACCCAACACGAGGGGUGGUGUUGAUGUGGGAAAGGGAGGAGGAGGGGAGGCGGGGCAGCAUCUCUCUGUGAGCGAUCUGUUUGCUGGGUCUGGGUUGGGGUCUGGGUUGCUGUCGGCAGGGGUUGAGAACGCAGCAGGAAGAGCAGAAAGAGGAAGAGGCGGUGGAGGAGGAGGAGACACGUUAGGUGGGUGGCCGGCACUGUCCGGAAGUGUGGCUCUUGCGUCAGACCUAGAGGCAGAUGCUGGGGUGGUAGGUUCGUCUGGGAUGGAUUCUGUUGCAGCUGUGAGCGAUCCUGGAAAAGUGGAUUCUGUGGAUAAUUCUGCAGUGGGAGUGCUGGUAGGUGCUCCCAUGCCUCCUUCCCCUGCCCACCCUCCCAUCCCUGAAGGGUCUACCUCCCCCAGCUGGUCCCUGCCUCCAGAAUCAUCCCUCUUCGGACCCUCGCCAGACAAGCAAACCAGAUCCGCAGCAGCAGAAGCAGCAGCCGAAGAGGAUGUUCCAGCUGCAGCUGUUGCACCUGACUUGCUGCUUGGUUCUUCCUCUUCAGCUGCUGAAGCCACCACGGCUCUUUCCAAACUACUCACAGGCAACAGCAACACAGGCGGCGGCGGCGGCGGCGGUGCGAGCACAGGCACACACAUGGGCAUGGGUAAUGGCAUGGGCACUGCAGCUGGCUUCCAGCACAGGGGCAUCUGGGGAGGCAUGGGCUUUGGUGCGCUCUUGGCCGGGGGCGCAACUGGGACUUCAGCAUUCUCCACCGGUCAACUUGGUCAACCCGGUCUUAACUGGUCGUCUGCGCCUCUUGGCUCCGGAGCAGCGUGGGGUGCGGCGGGAUCCGGGAAAGGGUUUGCAGAGGGCAAGGGAGGGAGGGAGUGGGGCAAGGCUCUGUUGGAGCUGAUGCGAGGGGAGAAGAAGGGGCAGCAGCAGGCAGGCGGUGGUGGUGGUGUGAUGGACGAUGGCGCUCACGAGGGGUUGUCUGGGUUUGUUGGGAAUGGAGUGGGAGUGGGGAAGGAGGGCAAGGGUGGGAGCGGUGACUCGAUGAGUGGGAGUAGUGUGUCGCUUCUGACGCAGCUGUUCACGAACCCCAAGAGCUACGAAUCGAGCACGUUAGGAGAAGGGGAAACGCUGGGGGCGAGGCUGGCGAGCAUUCAGAGUGCCUUGCACCACGCCACAGCUGCACAACAACCAGGCACACAGGUAUCACUGCCUUCAGCCCAUGAUGCAGCAGAAAUUGAGUCACUCUUAGAGGCUCUCUCCCAACAAGCUUCUCAUUUCUCUCUCUAUCACCCUCUUCCCUCCCUACCCAAUCCCUCUUUCCCCACUGGCCCCUUAGCAGGCACGCAGGCAUCCCUCCCAUCAGCCCACGAUGCAGCGGAAAUCGAGUCACUCUUAGAGGCUCUCUCCCAGCAAGCUGCUCCGUCCGCUGCUGCAGCUGCAAGCGGCAGGGGAGCAAUCUCUUCAGCCGCUGCGGCUGCUCCCACCUCUACCUCUGUGGUAACCAGCGGUAACACUAGUGACGGCAGCGGCCGUGGUGGCAGCAGCGUUGGUGCUGGCUUUGGCAGUGGUCUGCCUGUGCCUCUGCCCAUGCCUGUGGGUCCGAGUCUGGAAGACAUUGAGAGAGGGGGAGGUGGGACCGGUGGCGGUGCUCCUGGGAUCUCCCUGCCGUUUCCUUUCCCCUUGUCCUCCCAGGGUCCUUUUGGCCAGUUCGUGGAAGCAGAGCAAGGGGUGGGGUCAGGAGUAAGGGCAGGGGUAACAGGCAGAAAGAGUUUGAUGCCAGCGAUGCCAGCAGCAGUGCAGUGGCAGAGCCUGGAGGAAAUAGAGGCGUCACUGCUGCAGUCAGCAGAAGGACAGGGGCAGGGGCAGGCGCAGGGGCAGGAUGAAUACUUGGAAGCUUCGAGCUCAGAAAACCCUCAUGCGCCUGGUUUGGGGCAGCUGUUGGUGCCUGCACUGCUGGCUGCUGGUGAAAACACGGGCCAUGGGAGGGAUGGGGGAGACCGUGGUGCGCGGGGAGGGGCCUCUGCUGCUUCUAUGCAUCUGCUGUCACUGCUGACUGGCGGGGCACAGGUAGGAGCAGGAGGUGGGACAGCAGGUGGAGGAGGAGGAGGAGGGGAUGUUGGGGCAGAAGCAGCUGCAGGAGAGGCAGCUGAUGAGUUUGUUGCGAGUACUGGGUGCUCUAUGGUAGUGCGGGCACAGGAGGGCAAGAGCAGUGCGACUAGUUGUGGCGACUGUAGCAACGGCUAUGUGCAUGGGCAUGAGGGCGUGUCUAGCAAUGCAGAUUCAGAUGCUGGUGUCGAGUCUGUUAGUAGGAAGAAGGAAAGGGCAUUGCCCGUUGUCGCUCCUGCUUCGGUUAAGGAGGUCGCAGCAGUUACUGAUGGGCAGAUAGCAUGGGGCGCUGGUGAUAGCAGUGCAGCACUUGUUGGUGAUAAGCAGAGUGCAGCAGGCGCUGAUAAGCGGAACGCCACAGGCUCUGGUGAAGAACAGACAGCAGCAGGUGUUUCUGAGACUGCAAAUGCAGGCAGUAAGAGCGGGAAGGAGAAGGGUAAUAAGGAAGCAGGCAAAGAGGCGGGUCAACAGCCCUCGUGUGAGGAGAAAUUUGCUGUAGUUGCAAAGAGUUCGGCUGUAGCAGCAGAAGGGACAGUCGAUGGAGAUACCUCACCAGCAGCAGCAGCAGCAGCAGCAGCAACCGCCGCAGCAGCUACAGCAGCUACAGCAGCAGGAGUAGAAGGGCGAGGGGGGGCGGAAAGAGAGGGGAAAGGUUCGGUGGAUGCGCUGCAAGGGAGGAAGGAGAUGGCGAAGCAGGAGCCUCGGCAGGAGCAGGCGCAGAAGCCUGGUAUUGUGAAGCGGUUGUUUGGGUUCUUCCAAAGCUCCCCUGCGCCUCCCGCACCACCUGCUGCUGAUUCUUCUGCUGCUGCUGCUGGGGCUGAGGAGGAGCCGAAGCAUCUGGGGAAGGACACGUCUGUUGAGAGGGAUGAAAAGGGAGAGGAGUUUGUUCUGGGACGGGAGAGCGAUAGAAAGGAGGGGCAGGGAAAGGCUGCUGGUGAAGGGAACGCGUUGAGCAGCAGCAGUGAGGGUGUGGGUGAAAAGACGGCAGUGGAGACUGACUCUGGUGGGGUGCAGAGUGGUGCUGAGGCGGUACAGAUGGGUGGAGAGGAAGGGGGCUUGGGGGAGCAGAAGGAGGGGGAUGGAAUGGCAAGCGUGCAAGGUCAACCUCCCGAUUACCAGCAGCAGCAACAGGACCAGCAGCAGCAGCAGCAGCACAACCAGCAGCAGCACCACCAGCAGCAGCAGCAGCAGUACCAGCAGCAACAGGACCAGCAGCAGCAGCAGCACAACCAGCAGCAGCACCAGCAGCAGCACCAGCAGCAGUACCAGCAGCAACAGCAGCAGCAGCAGAAUCAGCAGCAGCAGCAGCAACAGAUGCCUCCCCAUGCACCUAUCCAACAGCACCCGGGACUCAUCCCCUCUCCCUUCCCGCCUGGCAUGCCAUUCCCCACCAUCCCGCCCCCAGGUCUCCCCUCUCCUGGCAUGUACCCACAUGCCAUGCUUUCCCAUGCCAGAGGCCCAUUCGCGUUCCUGCCCCACCACUUAUCUCCCCACCCCCCCAACCACUCUUCCGCCUCCCCUUUCUCCUCACCUCCUCCGUUCCCUGGCGCCCACCCCCCUGACCGCCCCCUUCUGCACUUCUUCCCCCCCCCUGGCGGUUCCCCCAGUCGCCUCCCCCAUGGCCCCCUUCCCCCUCACGAGUUCCCUCCUCAUAAUGUCGGUCCUGCACCGCACUCCACCGCUCCUUACCCCUCGCCACUUCAUACUGUAUCAGGAGCCAGCCCUGCAGUGCUGGGAUCCUCCCCCCCUCGUGAAGGUGACUCAUCUGCCUCAAGUCAAGCGAGUCAAGCAAGUCAAUCAGGAGGAGUCGGAAUGGGAGGAGGGGAAGGGGGAGGAGCAGCAGCAACAGGGGCGCUUCUUUCACCGCCGCAUUCCUAUCAGCACCCCCAGCAGGAUUCCCAGCAAUUCGCCUCACACUUCAUGCAUACCCCACCCAGGCAGCAGCAGCAGCAGCAGCAGCAGCAGCAGCAGCAACCCCAGCAGCAGCAGCAGCAGCAGCAGCAGCAGCUGCAACAGCGACAGCACCCCUCUCCCCCUCCCCACGCCUCCGCUCCUGCAGCACCCACUCAUCUCCCCAGUCAGGCACAUUGA